GACGUACGGCCGAUGAGCUCCCUGCACAUUCGGACCUAAGCCCAGAUCGACGGUCCUCCCCAGAACCAACCAUUCGAUCUUAACGUCUGUUUGACGGACGCCAGACACUUGGUUUGAACUCCUUUCAAGCCCACAGUUUCGUAUAUCCGCAUAUUCGGAGCGCCUCGACGGCUUAGCAUAGGAAACAAAUACCCGACCCGUUCGCCGACGCCACGAGACAUGGCGGGCGGCGGCUCGACGAACGGCACCGGCACGGGGGCUCCACCCCAGGCCGGUGUGCUCGAGGGCGUCAAUCCCAUUGAGUUCAGCCCUGGGAAUCCAAUUAUGCUUUUCAUCAUUCAGGCCAUCAUCGUCAUCCUAUUUUGUCAACUGCUGCACUAUCCUCUCCGGCUGCUGAACCAGCCCCGUGUUAUCGCCGAGGUCAUCGGUGGUAUCCUGCUGGGUCCGUCGGUCAUGUCAAGGAUACCGGGAUUCAAGCAAACCAUCUUCCCGGAUGCCUCUAUGCCCGUGUUUAACAAUGUAGCCAACAUGGGCCUUCUUAUCUUUUUGUUCUUGGUCGCUCUUGAGGUCGACAUCCGUAUGUUCACUCAGAACUGGAAGGCCGCCCUCAGCGUCGGUCUGGCCGGCAUGGUCAUUCCCUUUGGUUUGGGCUUCGCCAUAGCCUGGGGCAUCUACCACCAGUUCGCACCCGUCCAGCCAAUUAGCUUCGGUGUCUACGGCUUGUUCGUUGGCACCGCGCUGGCCAUUACCGCCUUCCCCGUGCUCUGCCGGAUUCUCAGUGAACUGAAUCUGCUCCGCUCAAAUGUGGGCGUCACUGUGUUGGCCGCCGGUAUUGGCAACGACGUGACGGGCUGGGUGCUCCUCGCCCUCUGCGUGGCCCUGACCAACAACAGCAGCGGCCUAGCUGCGCUCUGGGCCCUUCUCUGCUGUAUCGGCUGGACUCUGUUGUUGGUGUUUGUCGUCCGACCACCUUUCAUCUGGGUCCUUAGGCGGACCGGAAGCCUCCAAAACGGGCCUACUCAGGGCAUGGUCGCCUUGACCAUGCUCAUGGUAUUUGCUUCUGCAUGGUUCACCGGGAUUAUCGGGGUCCAUCCCAUCUUUGGGGCCUUCUUAGUUGGCUUGAUCUGCCCCCAUGACGGUGGCUUCGCGAUCAAGCUGACCGAAAAGAUUGAAGACCUGAUUUCAGUCCUGUUCUUGCCCCUCUACUUUGCGCUUUCCGGGCUGAACACGAAUCUUGGUCUUCUGAGCGAUGGCAUCACAUGGGGAUACAUCAUUGGCAUUAUCGCAUGCGCCUUUGUCGGCAAGAUUGCCGGCGGAACCCUUGCCGCCCGGGCGAACAAGCUCCUAUGGCGCGAAAGCUUCACCAUUGGGUGCUUGAUGAGCUGCAAGGGCUUGGUGGAGUUGAUCGUCUUGAACAUCGGUCUUCAAGCGGGGAUCCUAACCCCUACCGCUUUCAGCAUGUUUGUCGUCAUGGCUUUGGUGACGACUGUCGCCACCACGCCUCUUACCAAAUAUUUGUAUCCGCCAUGGUACCAGAAAAAGGUUGAGAGGUGGAGGAGAGGAGAGAUCGACUGGGAUGGCAAUCCCACCGACACACCCGAGACGGCUUCAGGAGAGUCUUCUAAAAAGCCAGUCGAGUCGCAAAUUCGACGUCUCAUGGUGCAUCUCCGUCUUGACAGUCUUCCGAGCCUGUUCACGUUUAUCACUCUGCUCAGUCCGGAAAGCAUCUCGACCACCGGUCAGCCGGACACCACAGCGGACAGCCACAAGGAGCAAGCGAUUCAGAUCAAAAAGAGACCCCUUGAAGUUCACGGUCUGCGGGUCAUCGAGCUCACCGACCGUACCUCGUCAGUGAUGCACCUCACUGAAGGCGAGGACUUCUAUUCCCUACGCGAUCCUGUAGUCAAUGCCUUCCGAACAUUCUCUCACCUGCAUGACGUCGCUGUCUCUGGGCGUGUCGCCGUCGUGCCGACAGACUCGUACGCAGAAACGCUCAUGUCCCAGGCGUCUGAGGUCUCGUCGGAUUUCGCGCUUAUUCCCUGGGGCGAAUACGGCAGUGUGUCAGAAGACCAAUCCUUCCCCGUCACAGCCAACCCAAGCGAGCGCUUCAAGUCCAGCAUGCAUCUUGAAUUCAUCAACCAGACGCUACAAAAGGCAGCAAGCACAUGCAACGCGGGAAUUUUCAUUGACAAUGGCUUUGGCGGCAUCACAAAAUCUGCCGAUCGCCCCGAGCUCACUCGUACCAAGAGCGCCAUGUCCAUCCGUAGCUACCGCGAAAUGCCUACCCUGCCAGUCUCCAACAAGAACCAUCAUAUCUUCUUCCCAUUCUUCGGCGGCGCCGACGACCGCGUCGCUAUCCGAGUCGUCCUCCAGCUCGCCAAGAACCCUCACGUCACGGCCACUAUCGUCCGCAUCCACUGGCUCGAUGCCCAAAACGCCGAGACAAAGACGGUUCUCCAGACAGCGGAAACCGAAAAGAACGGCGGGUCCGCAAGCAAGACCUCCACAGCUGAAUCAACCGGCCCGAGCACACCGCCCCCUUCAUACGCACACACAGCCAACAAUGAGAACGCCGCCGCCCAAGACCCCGAAGACGUCAUCCUUUUCUCCACCUUGCAGAACUCCCUCCCGCAAGAGCUCUCCGGCCGAGUCGUCUUCAGCGACCUAGACCUCUCAGCCCCUGCUUCGGCGUCGACCGUUUCCGAAAUUGUGCUGCUCGCGCAGGAGACGGUGGGCCAGCAGCCCAAGAACGCGGGCGACAUUGUGGUCCUCGGCCGGCGGAACGCCAAGCUGGAAGCUGCGGACCUGGCCGUCGAAGCCGGGAGUAGCGCUCCCGAUUUGAAGCGCACGAUUGGCGCCAUCGGGGAGCAGCUCGUCACGGUCGGCGUUAAGGCCAGUAUCUUGGUUAUUCAGGCCGGUGGAAGUGCCGCCGUGUAAACGCUUGGAUAUCUGAGUUUGGUGUUUCUCUUGGGUUUCGGUUCUUGGUUAUUGGAUGCUGCAAUACCCUUGCUGCUACUUAUCGCAAGUUUGUUUCUUUGGGGGAGCUGUUGAUAUGGUUAUUUAGCAUGCCGUCGAACAUAUUGCAUAUGUGAGUCGGCUUGGGUGGUUUCUGGAUUGUUAUGCUGUGUGAUCACGGUUGAUGUCUUGAUGAUAGAUAUCCCAGGACGAUUCUAGUUUCUCUGGCAAAGUUGACAAGGCCUUGGC